UGUGUUUCAGUGAAUGACAUACAGAACCUUGUUGUGCACAUUGUUUCUAGGGGACUAUUUUCACGAACGCAAUAGCAGCGUGCAGUGCCUUGUUCCAUGUCUUGCCCGGGCUGGACACAGCUGACUAGUAUUUUGUUUUAACCUGCUUUUUAGACGGAAAACAUUAAUUCGUGUGAUGGAACCACAGUGCAAACGCAGAAAAGCGUCAGAGAGUGAAACCGUGGCCUGGGGCGUUUUCCCCGUACUUUCGGAUGAACAGUCCCAGGACGCAGAGUUACUGGAAGCCUAUGCGGCUCCCAUCAUCAACAAGAAGGAAACCUCUCGCCUCGUGAAGGAGCUGGCCUCCAUCUACCCGCUGCCCGGUGUUCAACACAUCAAGAGAGUGAGAGCAUGCAAGGACAGUGGCAGCCUCAAUCCUUUAGAAGUCAUUGUGUGUUUGGUGAGAGAUGUACAACCGAUUCCCAACAACGAGGAUUUGUCCAUCUCAGCCUUACUCCCCUCAGACAGAGUCGACAUCAGUGGAUUAGGGAAACCAUUCCUGGUGAAAGUCCCUGCAUAUCCUCCAUUAACCAGACCUCAGUUUGAACAAGCCAGCAGACACUGGCCAACUUCAUUCCAUGAGGACAAACGGGUGACUGUGGCUUUGAAAGGACAACUGUUUACUGCCGACCAGAAAGCCAAGAUGCAGAAAUUUAUGACUGCUGCUGUAAUGGCGGCAAAAGCAGGACGAGCGCUGGGAAUGGAUGCUGUUGGCGCCGUCAUUGUUGAUCCACAGACUGAGAGAGUACUUGCUACGAGUCAUGACUGCAGGGGAGGCGCUAACCCUCUACAUCAUGCCGUUAUGGUCUGCAUUGAUCUUGUGGCUCGGGGCCAGGGGGGCGGGGCUUACAAGUUUGACAGGUACCCCACCUGUCAGUUUUCAGUCCCAACUUCUUCACCUCACCAAAGCAGGACGGUCAUUUCCCCCUCCGUGGACCUGCUUGGCUUGGAUCAAGCAGAGCAGAGCUGGGUACCGUACAUAUGUACUGGGUAUGAUCUCUAUGUGACCCGCGAGCCCUGUGUCAUGUGCGCAAUGGCACUGGUCCACUCCAGGAUAGGCAGGGUGUUUUACGGAGUCGCUUCAGAGGACGGUGCCCUGGGAACCAAGUACAAAAUCCACACGCAGAAGGACCUUAAUCACCACUUUGAGGUUUUCAAAGGAGUUUUAGAACAGGAGUGUGAGGAACUCAAACAGGACGGUGCACUAAUUAAGUAGCUGUUCGUUUUAAAAUUCACAUUUGUCUUUUUUAAAUUGUGUUUCAUUUGUAGGCCAGAAAGAAUACACAAAAAAGUAAGAAGGAUGUGUUAUUUGGUAUUACAAAAAACACUUCAUGUUAAGUUUGUUUAACAGGUUCUUUUUAUACAAUUGGUUUUUAUUGACAUGAAAGGUUUUUCAUAGUAACUGCA